GAAGGAAGGAGCAGGAGUAGGGUCAGCUAGGUGCGCAGUGGAUAGAGAGCCAGUCCUGGAGACAGGAGGUCCUGGGUUCAAAUCUGGCCUCAGAUAAUUUCCAGCUGUGUGACCCUGGACAAGUCACUUAUCCCCCAUAGCCUAGCCCUUACCACUCUUCUGCCUUGGAACCAUUACACAGUAUUGAUUCUAAGAUGGAAGGUAAGGGUUUAAAAAAAAAUCCAGGAAAGGAGUCAGCCUUUUUUCACUUACCCACAGGUAGUUCUAAGGGAAAAAUCCAAGAGCAGUCCGAGGUCCCAAGCUGGAGCUCCUUCAAGAUCAAGUGCAAGGCAAGAGACCUCAUCACAGGAAGUUCUUGGCAUUUUUAAAGACCUUUCCUUUUCGUCACUUCCUGUGACUUCCUUCCAUUUUAUGUGUACCAAUUAUAGCUAAAGCUUUGCUUAGAACUGCCCAGGGGGAAGUCAGAUUCUGAUUCAUCACCCACUAUUGCACACGUGGGUUACAGACCUCCCCCACUCAAGUGUAAGUGGAGUGUAUACACUUCUGGUGAUUAAAUCUAAAAAUGGGCAGGGGAGAGUUAAUCCCAUCUUCACAAGACUGAGGUAUAGAGAAAUGGGUUGACUUGCUCAGGAUUCCAGAGCAACAGAACCAUUUGGGUGCAGCUAGCCUGUGCCAUAGUGCACAGAAUCCUGGGCCCAGGAGUCAGGGAGACUCAUCUGGAGUUCAAAUCUGGCCUCAGAUACCUACCAGCUGUGUGGCCCUGGACGAGUCACUUAACCCUAUUUGUCUCAGUUUUCUCAUCUGUCAAAUGAACUAGAGGAAGAAACAGCAAACCACUCCAGUAUCUUUGCUAAAAAAAACCUUAAAAAUAGAUUCUGUGUGAUAAUACAUGUAUAACCCAGUGGAAUAGCUUGUCAGCUCCAGGAGGGGGGAGGAAAGAGGGAAAGGAGACCCCCUAAAUCCUGUAGCCUUGGAAAAAUAUUUUUGUGAAAUGAUAUUAAAAAAAAAAAAGAAAACCCUAAAUGGGAUCAAGAAGAGUCGGACACUUCUGAACAACUACCGAACAAUAACAGCAACAGCAGAGCCUGAGCUCCCGGAUCAGGGCUGGAAGCCUGCUGGGGAAAGAUUCCCAGGUAGGUAGCCUCACCGAGCCUCCGAGGGGAUGGGCAGGCAGUGGCAUCGAGCUCAGGUGACCAGCCAAGUGUCUGGCAGCUCCCCCGAGGGCCAGGUACCCGACACCUGUGAGCUAUGGAGAGACGACAAUAUGAGCUGCGUCCUGCCCCAUCCUGCUAAGGGAAACAGGGUGUGCUCUGUGUGCCCCGCCAGGAAACAGGCCACUUGAGCAGGCCUCUUUUGUCCAGCUGUGAGAAAGGAGCUCCUUCAGCCAGAACUGCCUGGCGUGUGAGGAGUGGGAGGGGGCCGGGGGUGAAGGACGCUAACGCUGAGCAGGGGAUCUUCCCCACCGCCUGGGGACUCCUGGGUCAGAUUGCAGCUUUCUGUGCCAUCUUUGCCCAGUUCCCUAGUUUCUCUUUGGCUGGCAGUGGUCAGAUGCGGAGGCCUGUGUCAUCUCUCUUGUGCUCUCCCCUUGGCUUGAGCGUCCCGAGCCUGCUGUCCCCUCGCUCCUAGCCCUGGAGGGGAGGCCAGAGGCUGUGGGAUUUCUGCACCGUUGAGAAAGGGGAUUUCCCUCAGACCAAGGAAGCAGAGCUAAGCCACGGCGAGGAACCUGGAUUCAUUGAGGGGGAAACUGUCCUGCUUUUGUACGGGGCUCGGGCCCUGCGGAUGGAGCUUCAAUACCUCCCAUCUUCCCAGGGAUUAGAUGGAUCUGGAGGCUUUCCAGGCUGUCGUGGUUACUCCGGCAGGCUACCACUUAAAACUAAAGAACGAAUGAAUGAGAAGUUAUUGAGGCUGGACACCCUGCUAGAGGCUGGGGAUAUACAUUCAGAACGGAGAUCCUCCCUGACGCGAUGAAGCUUUUUUGUGGUCCCGUCAUGCCAGCUAUCCGUGCGGUUUUCUUGGCAAGGACACGACAGUGGUUUGCCAUUUCCUUCCCCGUGGAUCCUUUUGUCAGGCCGUCAGAAGUGGCAUAAAAGUUAAGGUCACACAGCUAGGAAGUGUCUGAGGUUACAUCUGACCUCAGAUCUUCCUGACUCUAGGCCUAACACGCUAUCCACUGAGCUACCUAGCCAUCCCAGGCAUACCGAAGUUAAGUGGCUUGUCCUUGGUCACCCAGCCAGGACGUGCCUGAGGCUGGAUUUGAACUCGGGGCUUCCUGACUCUAGGCCCAGUGCUCUUACCCACCUGCCUCUUACAACGCUUACAUUUUAAUAACGUAUUGACUUCAAUGGGAGGAGGGGAAACUUGGUUUGCAAAGCCUGGGAAGGGUGAGUGGGGCCGUGGGAAAGUCUAAGGAGCCCCGGCUGCCCUGGUCAGAUCUCAUUCCAGAGUAUUGUGCUCUGUUUGGGGUACCGUUUUUUAGGAAGGACAUUAAUAAAUUGAAGUGUGGCCCUACUAGAAUAACCCAAUCAAAGAGCCCUUCCCGUGCAAAAGUCCCUUUAAGGAACUGGAAAGUUUAAAGACGAGAACAUGGGGCAUGAGGGCAGGAUGAGAGCCAUCUAAGUAUUUGAAGGACUGCCAUAGGAAAGAGUUAUCGGACUUAUUCUGCUUGACCCCAGAGAGCUGAAUUCAAGCCAUGAAUGAAAGUUGUAGAGAGGCAGGUUUUAGUUCAGUCUAAGGAAAAAUGGGAAUCGCAGGAUCAUUAAUUUUUUUUUAAACCUUUACCUCCUAUCUUAAAAACGUAACUAUCAGCUCCAGGGCAGAAGAGCAGGAAGGGCUGAGAGUUAAGUGACUUGCCCAGGGUCACUCAGCUAGGAAGUGUCUGAGGCCAAAUUUGAACCCAGGAUCUCCCAUCUCUAAGCCUGGCUCCCUAUCCAAUGAGCCACCCAGCUGCCCCCAGUAAAUUGUAACUUCUUAACAAAAUCCCAAGGCAGAAUUGUUGGCGUUGGAAGCCUUCUCUAAAAGAGUUCAGUUUGUUGAAGAUGUUAUAGUGUGGAAUAAAAGAUUAGGCUAGAGCACUGUUUUCCAACUCAAAUAGCAACAGUCCAGUGGCCUGUCUGUUGAGUUAGAAAACCACAAAUUAUCUGUGUUAUAUUUUAUUCUUAUUUAUUGUGUUCAACAUUUUCCAUUUGCAUUUUAAUCUGGUUCUGUUGUACUCCAGAGUUUUGCUGGCCUGUGGGCCUCCCUCUCUCCGUCUCUACCAAAUACCUUUUCCUUUCCCUUCAGGCCAGCUGGAUUCCUUAACCUUUCUUUUCAAAAGUCACAGACUUCACCACCCAUUUUAGCUAGCCCCUUCUCUGCCCUAGGUCCCCCUACCCUACCUCAGGUUUCUCCCCCCCUUUUUAAAGAUAAUCCUUACCUUCUGUCUUGGAAUCAAUUCUGUGUAUUGGUUCCUAGGUAGAAGAGCAGUAAGGGAUAGGCAAUGGGGAUUAAGUGACUUGCCCAGGGUCACACAGCUGGGAAGUGUCUGAGGUCAGAUUUGAACCCAGGACCUCCUGUCUCUAGGCCUGACUCUCCAUCCACUGAGCCACCCAGCUGUUCCCUGCCCCAGUCCCUUUUAUGCCCUAAGCAGACAGGCAUUCUUCGGCUUCAUCCCUUUAAGGCUGGAGUGGACCUAGCUUUCAGUCAGAGAAGAGACAAGUAGCCGAUGAGGAACAGGAGGGGAAGAGACCCACCACCCCAGGAAGGGCAGGGCUGAGCAAGAAGAGGCCGGGAGAAGGAGGCUGUGGUCCUGCCUCUGCUGCCUUUGAGGCCUGGGCAGAAUCGGGUGUCUGGGCUCUGUCCUUCCACGUAUGCAUCCCCCAUCUGGAAGAGUCACGGGCCCUGGGGCUCUCUACCUACAAGGAUGGCUCUUUCCUGGCCUGUCUCUGCCCCCCCCCCAGCCUGCUGCGCCCCGGCCUGGCCCUGCUGGCAUGGCUUGCGUGUGUGCAUGCCCACCACAGUCCCCGCGGGUCCUCAGUGCCGUGCGCCCGUCCAUCGCUGCGUGCACGUCGCUGCCCCGCCGUGUGCCGCCUCCGUGACGCCUGUGUCUGUGUCUCUCUACAUGCGUGUUAGUAGUGUCCGUCUGUCUUGUCUCCCCCUUUAGACGGAAAGCACAGUGCCCCGUGCCACCGGGCUCUCAGUGGAUAUGGCCGAUGUGACGCCGCGGCACCCAUCCCGCCCCUCACCAGGACCCGCAGCCUCAUGGCCAUGUCCCUGCCUGGGAGCCGAAGGCCCUCCACGGGAUCUCGCAGCCGGGGGCUGUAUGGACGAAAUGGGCUGGCCGUGUUCUCUCAAUGUUCACCAUCCUCUGACACCCAGCUUGGGCCUCCACCUCUUCUUCCUGCCUCCAGGCGUACCUCACCCCCCGUGAGCAUGCGGGAUACCUAUGGUACCUCCUCACUCAGCAGCAGCAGCAACUCUGGCUCCUAUAAGGGCAGUGACAGCAGCCCCACGCCAAGACGCUCGAUGAAGUACACCUUGUGCAGUGAUAAUCAUGGCAUCAAGCCCCCAACUCCAGAGCAGUACCUGACGCCCCUGCAGCAAAAGGAAGUCUGCAUCCGGCACCUGAGGGCUCGGCUGAAAGACACACAGGAUCGUCUCCAAGACAGGGAUUCGGAGAUUGACGACCUGAAGAGCCAACUGUCUCGGAUGCAAGAGGACUGGAUCGAGGAGGAAUGCCACCGGGUGGAGGCGCAGCUGGCUCUCAAGGAGGCCCGCAAGGAGAUCCGGCAGCUCAAGCAGGUGAUCGACACGGUCAAGAAUAACCUCAUAGACAAAGACAAGGGGCUGCAGAAGUACUUUGUGGACAUCAACAUCCAGAACAAGAAGCUGGAGACCUUGUUGCACAGCAUGGAGGUGGCCCAGAACGGGACGGUGAAGGAGGACGGGGCGGGCGGCUCCUCGGGGGGCUCUCCUGCGCGCUCCCUGACCCGAAGCUCCACCUACACCAAGCUGAGCGACCAGGCCCCCGGCGACCGCAACCCCGGAGACCUGCAGAGUGCGUCUACGGAAGAGGUGGGUGACAGCGGCUUCGCGGUGGCGGAUGACACGCUGAGCCGGACGGAACUGUUGGAGGCGAGCAGCCUGCUCUCCUCCGGGGUGGACUGUGGCCCGGAUGAAGCCUCUCUCCAGAGCUCCUUCACCUUGGGCUCCCGCCUCCCAACCAGCUCCACCUAUGAGAAGCUGCUGGGGGGCAGCGGGGGCGGAGGGGUGGAGGCGGGUGUGCAGGCCAGCUGCAUGCAAGAGCGGGCCAUUCAGACGGACUUUGUGCAUUACCAGCCCGACCUAGACACUAUCCUGGAGAAAGUAAUGAAGGCCCAGACCUGCGGGCUGGCCAGCCCCGGUCCUAGCCCUGCCUGGGCCCCCGGGCCGGACACGGAGGAUGGAGGGGCUGGCGUAGAGAUGCCCUCAGGCUUCCAGGGGCCCAUGGACCUGAUACCAGCGGACCCUAAUUCGGCCGUGGUGGUGACGGUAGGAGAGGAGCCAGCGGCGGCCCCAGUGACCCACGGCCCUUCCCCGCACGUGCCCAGCCUGAACCCGUCAGUGAGCAUCGCCUGCCCUGUGGAUGAAGAGGCCGGCGAGGUCGCGGCGGAGCCCAAAAGCUAUUGGAGCCGCCACUUCAUUGUGGAUCUGCUUGCGGUGGUGGUCCCGGCGGUGCCAACAGUGGCCUGGCUGUGCCGCUCCCAGCGGCGCCAAGGCCAGCCCAUAUACAAUAUAAGCUCCCUGCUUCGGGGAUGCUGCACCGUGGCCUUGCACUCCAUCCGCAAGAUUAGCUGCCGAUCUGUGGGCACUUCCGGGCCUGUAGGCACCGGGGGCAGCUCCCAGCUGUGACUAGCAACCCGCUCCUGAGAACCAGUCACCGCUUGGUCUGACCACUGAUUGUAGGUCUCUCUCCCUCUCUCUCCCUCACACACACACUCACACUCACACGUGCACGGAGUGUCAUCUUAAUUUAUUUAGCUUUUCCAAAACAUGGAGGCCAUAUUCUGGUGGCCUAGGAUAGCCUGGGAUGGCCUCAGACUCGCUGCCCUGGGAAGGGGGGAUUCUAUGGCACAGGAUUAGAGCGGAACAGGAUAGAUCUGAUGGAAGUGGGGAUUAUUGCCAGCUUCCAUAUGGGGAAGGAAGAGUCCCACUGAAGGGGGAGGGCAGAGGACCUUGACUUCCACUCACCUUUUCAAAUGCCAUCCCAACUUCUGUCCAGCUGACAUUUCCCCCAGGCAGUUCUGCAUUUUACUUUGUUGAGUAAGCUGGCUGGUCCUCAAUAUUCAUGGGGCUACCUUCUUAGUCCUUUCUCCCUUGACCGAAAGGUCAGUAUUAUUGCUUCCACUAGUAAAAUGACUUGCCCAAGGUCACAGGGCAUUAGGAUCAAAAUCUCUUGGGAAUGAAAACACCUGGCUCUUAGCUCCUUGCCUUCAUGGGCAACCCAGGCUGGUUCUGGGAGGUGAUAGGGGGAAAGGGGUAAUGACUGAAACUGCCCUAACAUUUCUUUGCUUGUGGUCACUGGGUGGUGGGUUAGGGCCAGGGAAAGAGAAAGAAGAAAAAUAAAUGGAGGAGAGUCAAAAGAAGGAGAUGUGGAGCCUUUGCUGACUUUCCCUGCUGUGCCCCCUCCCCACUGAGUGGUUGGAUGGCUUGAUGAACCUGUUCUCAUCCAGGAGGAUAGAAGGGGGCUCCUGCAGGGCCUCUGUCACCAUGGGAACAAACUCUCUCUCCAUCUAACUAACUGCCUGAUUCCCUUUCUACCUUGCCCCAUUGCUUCUGUAAGUUAGAGCUGCCAGGGUCCGAAUUGUCCCUCUAGGUGUGCAGCUGCUCUUGGAAGGUCCAGGAGACACCCUGCAUCUCACAGACUGUACUGGAAGUGGGGGGGGGGUCUCUGCAAGAACUGAGAAAGCCAAUGGUACUCCCAAACCAUUUUGAAAUCACUUUGCACUAUGUCCCUUUUAUAAUAACAAUAUUUUCUCAGAGGAGGUGGUUGGGUAAAGUUCUACCCAGAUGCCAGGCCCAUGGAUGGGGGGAGUGAGAGAGGGAGAGAGGGAUGGGCUUCUCUUGGAGAGGAAGGACUUGCUAUUAGCCAGCACUCCUCUCAGGAAGUUGGGGAUGUUUAUGUCCUGGGGUGACCAAAUGCCAAUAGACUUAAGUGUCUGGCUCUGAGGGACAGAGCAGGGAAGAAAUGGAAAGAAGGGCCCCAACUCAUGCCUUUACGCCUCAGGCUGAAAAUUCCUCAGUGCAAUAAGCCAGGGGCUAGGAUAAAGAAGCCAUGUUUUACCAGCCAGCCCUGCACAGGAAGUGUGUGACUAGAGAAUUUGCCGGGGAAGCAGGGGAUGGAAUGAGCACACAUGUUUAUUAGCCUGCUGCCUCUCCCUCCCUUAUGGUCACACACAUGUACACACAUGUAUCCAUGCAUACAAACACACACACGUUCUAGUGGGGACCAGAGUCACCAAUACCUCUCCAUCUUCAAGCACCAGCUCCUUCAGUGAAGUAGCUGACAUUGUUUUUCUUUUAAAAACAAUCCACUCGUGUUCAGUCUCGUAAUUGAUUUUGUCUUCCAGUCUGGAACACUCGGGACACCUCUGGGGUGUUAGGAAGGGUCCCCUGGAUGUUCCAUUCUCUAUAGGCCUGGAAUUUUCUUUUUUUAAGAUCUGAAACCUAGUCUUUGAGGACCGGGUCUCUCGCACACAGCUUGGGCUGUUUGGCAGCUUGACCCUGUUUACCACCUUUGCUUGUACUGGCUCCUCACAUGCCCGUUCCAUGUCCUAUCUCCUCAGACUGGGCAACUUCCUUCCGCAUGUACAGAGGGAUCCGUUCCACUUUCCCCGGCUUAGCCAUGUGCCUCCCCAAUCCACAGCAGCAGGCGGGUAUUUCUACCCAUCAGUCCUCUCCAGUGGACCCCUCUGCAGAGGCCCCAAACUAGGAGCUAGCCUCCCCUGGGAUGUGGCAGGAGGGAGACCUCCCUUUGGACACUGGGAUGGGAUGUGUCUGGAACUUGGUGAGGGGACUGUUGAAACCUGAUCAAAAGUAAAAAGGCCACUCGUUCUAGGACCUAAGCCUCAUGUGCAAUGUAUUUGUGGAUCUGUGUAAGCAUUUCAUUAGACUAUCCAAAGCUUUGCUGAGAAAAUAAAUGUAUGAUUAUAUUUGAAAAGAGAAAAUUUAUAUAUUUUUCAAACCCAGAACUUAAUUGAGCUGUAAGGGCUCUGCUACUGUCUCUUGCUAUCCUAGAGUUCCCUUGCCUUGUCCACAGGCCACUGUAGUAAAUGAUGAGGAUCCAGCUGGCCCCUCACUGCCAAAUCAACCCCAUUCAUUCCUCACUCUAGGCCUGGAGGGACCCAGCCUCCGGUGUUCCCUUUGCGUGGUUGUGCCCUGGGUCUGGGGAUGAGCCUGUCCUGUGGAUGUCACAGCCCAGCUUGGGCAGAUCCAGGUUUAUGGGAACCUUUUGUGGAAGCCCAUGGAGAUUCCCAUGACCCGAAUUUUGGCUUUCAAGCCAGGGAGAUUCCACAGGAAAGCUGUGAUGGUUUGGGUUUCGGAAGGUUUUGGCAGGGCAUCUCCCUGACCUCGAGGGAGCUGCAUCUUGUGUUAAAGACAACGCUGGGGCCACCAUGUACGUAGCAGGCAGGUGGCUGACAGAGGGUGUUAGAGAAGGCAGGAAGGGGGGCAGCCUCUUUAAAGUGGACAUUUGUGCUGGGCGUCCAGAUGGGGCUGGGCUUUAUGCCUAUAAAGCCAGAAGCUGCUGACUCCAUCUGUCCGACCGUCUCAGCUUCCCGGGGAGGUAGCUGAGGGACUCAGCCCCAGGCCCAUAAAGGAUGAUAAUGGACUGAAUUUGUCAGGGUCUGUGGGACCCUGUGCUAGCUCUGUGGGAGGCAGGGAACCCUUCCCCCAAUACGUCCACACCUGCUUGUUUGCUAUGUGCCUAUGUGUUUGUGAGGUGUAAUCUAAGACUAUGCAAAGAGUUCAGUGCUGUCUGCCCUGGGCUGGGAACAGGGCAAAGAGAGCUUCCUCAUUGGUGCCGCCCACCGGCUCAGUGCAGGUGGAUCCGUGACUGUUGCAGGCCCCAGACUUCAGCUGGAGCCUCCUGUUCUGUCUAUGCAAGGGGCGCUGAGGGGCCUAGAAGGCAGCCCCACUUUCCAGGGGGAUGGCAGGACUGGAGCUCCAGUGGCUCCCGGCCUGCCCCCCACCCCAGGUACUCUCGGUUGGUGUUAAGCUCUCUUCCCACAAAUUUGCUUCUCCUGCUAUAAACUUGUAGAUGUUGCUCGUGGGUCGAGCCCUGAAAGAUGAGUUUCCAGGCUUGCUGAGUGACUUCAAAGAAGGCUCACCCCGGCUUAGGCAGAGAACAGAAGAACCUUCCCACCCCUCCUUUUCUCCAAGCUCAGGAUCUUCUCUUUCAUCCCCACCCUCAAACCCCCUUUGGCUCCCCAGUUAGUUGCCUCCAGUGGGCAGUCUGUGCCUCAGGAGCCAGACUUGGUUCUAGCAGGAAUGGCCACAGCUCACCUGUGAUCAUCCGUCCAGGCCCAGGUGGCUGUCUUCAGUCUCAUCUCCACCACUACCCAAACCGUGUAGCUUAGAGCCUCCCGCCAUCUCGAUGCAUAUCUGUGAUGGGUUGCUUUGCCUGCAAAGAUCUUGGGCCUCAAGAGUGGAACUUAAGACCAUGUCUCCUAAGGGGAUUCCAUAAAAUGCUCGUCUCCUACCACAUACCGGGGCAUCCUAUCCCACUGGCCAGAGGCUGUGAACUGGCUUUCUCUGCAACAACUCCCUGGCAGUGGCCCCCUUUCCCACCCCGGGAAGGAAGUCAGAGUUGUGGGACACAAGAAUUCCUGUAAGGUAAACUAAUGUCACUUCUAAGUACAAGGGCUAUGCCGGUUUCAGGAAAAAAACAAACAAACAAAAAGGCGGAAUCGGGGAGGGAGGUGUAGGGGGAAGCUGGGUGGGGAUAGGAAGCCAAGUGGCUAAUAUGAGGUCUCUCUUGUCUCGUCUCCUUUAUCUCUGGUCUUUCAUUCACAUGGAUGGAACUGCACUUCUGUGGUUCUGUAUUAAAGCAAGCAUGAAAGCCA